AUGGGAAACGUCAUAAUCCCUCAAAGCUAUCAGGAUACUUGGAGAGAAGAAUAUAAAAGAGCGGAUCAAUUGCUUAGAAUGACCCCUUACAAUGAGCAAGAAAAGGAUCUUAUUUAUAAGACAAGGAAAGAUCAAUAUUACAAAGAAUGAGGAUUUUGCUUACUUGGAGUUGCCCUUGGAUUCAGUUUAAAGCGAUAUUUUCCUGCUGCUCAAGUGAUUGAUAGUGCUCCACUUUUUUCAUUGACUAUGGCUGCGAUUAUAAUGCCACUUUACAUCUAUGCAAGAAUCAUGACGAAUAGGGAUGUGAUAGAAUCAUUAGAAAUGAUUGAAGAAAACCACGAGAUUUUAGAGUUUCGUUAG